GCUACCUCGUGUGAUCGGCCGAAACUAUCCCGACGUUGCUAUCUGAUAAACGUUGAGAUGCUCGCCUGCUCCGACUUCUUCCUCCGCAUCCCCCUCUCCGUCUUCCGCUCGCAGCAUGGCAGAGAAUAACAUCGUCGUUAUCGGAGGCUCCUUCGCCGGGCACUCCCUCGCGAACGCACUCGCGCACAAGCUCCCAGCAACCCACCGUAUCCUCCUCGUCGAGCAGAACGAGUUUACAGCGCACCUCCCCGGCGUGGUGCGCGGCCUCGUAGAGCCCGGAUGGGAGGAACGGAACCUCACCGCGCCGACGCGGCAGGAGACGGUGUUCAAGGCUGGCACGCGACACCGCGUCCUCGCGCCUGUGCGUGUGCUCGAGCUGCUGGAGGGGCGGGUGCUGCUCGACACCGAGUUUGAGGGUUCGACAGAGGUGCCAUUUGGCAAAUGCAUCGUCGCGACGGGAUCCAGCCAGCGGUCGCCUCUCCGACCCGAGCCGGGGGCGACUCGCGCCGAGUACGCAGACGCGCUGCGGCUGGAACAGGCCGGCUUCGGGAAAGCCACGCACGUGCUUGUCGUGGGUGGUGGCGCGGUGGGAGUAGAAGUUGCUGGAGAACUCACAACCCACUAUCCCUCAGUGCAGGUGACCAUCGUUCAUGGCCGCUCACGGCUGCUUGAGACCGGAGAGCAGGUGCCAUUCGGCACGCAGAUGGCCCCUCAGCCGGACACGGAUGGGGUGCACACUCCAUACGCAUAUCCAUUCGUGCCGGAGAGCGUGAGCGAACGCGUCGAUGCGCAACUGCGCGCGCGUGGAGUGGAGGUGAUCCUCAAUGACCGUGUGCGAUUCCCGUCCUCGGAAGAACACACUGGCGCGGUCGUUAACGGCGAAGUUGACCCGCCAGCUUGGGAUGGGCGUGAGGGUCUUCUCCCCGGGAUGCGGGCGGUCACGCUCGCCAGCGGACAGACCGUCCACGCCGACUGCGUGUUUGGCGGCUCUGGAGCGUGGCCGAACUCGAGCCUCGUCUCUGCCGUGGACCCGACAGCGCUGGUAGGCGGCUACGUCGCUGUCGAUCCGAAUUUCCGGAUCCUCUCGUCCGCGCCCGCCCUGAAGGACGUAUACGCCCUCGGCGACGUGGCGAACACAGGCGGCCGCAAGACGGCGGGCCAGGCAGUCGGCGAAGCACGGCACCUCGCGAUGGUGCUCCUGUCCCAUCUCGCGUGUGAGGCGCAGGGCCGGCCGCCCGCGGCAAAGGCCUACGCGCCCGGGUUUCUCCAGAGCAUCCUCGUGCCGAUUGGCGAGGGGCGCGGCGGCCCCGGCGACGGCAUAGGUGCGGGUUCCGUUGAUCUGGGGUGGCUGGGCGUGUGGAGAGCGCCGGAGUGGCUGCUCAGGUGGUUCGCAAAAGAUUACUUUUGCUCGCAGCACUUCGUCGCUCGCUUUCAGGGCGAGGUGGGCGUCAAAGACCUCUAGCGGGUAUCUGUGGGUAUGGAGUGUUUGAGAUUGUCCCCCAUGAGAGACGCUACGCUGAUGCGCCCCGAGAGGGUGUUCCAGCUCCAAGCCUGCCAGGAGGAUGCGCGAUGAAGCGAUCGCAAGCGUUGCCCUCAUCUUCUCUGCGACCCCGCCCCAUCUUGACUUGUGCGCUGCGCA